AUGUCUUUGUGGAAACUCCUUAUUAGCCCUCGACCUGCCGAGGAAACUCGAGGUGAGGGAAGCGACAACGACGACUCUUUUGACCUCCCCCUCCCCUCGGCAUUUGCGCCUCUUGCCAGACGUGAACGUGCUCGUCUUCAACGCAGAGUGGGGGCUACGGCUUCUGCUCCUUCAACAAAGAAGUCAUCUUCCCGCGGCACUCGCUCCCCCAAAUGCAUUCGAAACCUACAGGUUCAUGUCAGUCGGGCCUUGGGAAUUACUAGAUCGUCUGCUUCCUCGCCCGAGACAACUGCCAAUAACAUAUCGACUGAACGUCCCUUCACAUCACCAGUGAUCUCUUCGCCAUUGAAGCGAGAACAAUCAGUCAUCGAGGAACAGACACCUGCUCAGCAGGAUUUCUCUUCCGAGUCUCCGCUAAGCUCACCACCAAGCACCGAGGAGAAGGCAUCUGGUUCCGUUCCUGCGCCAGAUUUUUCCUCCCCGGUUUUAGAAGCUGCGAACACCCUCUUUCAAUCUACUGGUAAAGAUAGAUCACCAGGGCUAUCCGCUCCCUCACCGACCAUACUAGAAUCAUCGUCUUUUCUUCGCAGCUCACCGGACAUCAUUGCGCAGUUCCAGGCCGUGAAUACUUCUUUUCCAACCAAUCCAUUGUGCUCUACCUCCGAACACUCCUCGCUUCCAAUUGGACCUUCUACACCAAUUGCGCAAAAGUUUCCAUCUUCUCCUCUCAACCCAUCGGGUAUUACUACACAGGCAAAAGACGAAGAUACGUCUACUGGUGCCCAAUACUUGUACUUCAUCCCUCAGUACCACUCGUCUCCAAUUGAGAAUACCUUACCGGUUGUGCCACAAUCUACAUCUUCUCCUUUCAGCUCAUCCCCAAUCGAAAGUCCCACUGGUGCUGCUGCUAUCGAAUAUUUGUACUCCAUUCCUCAAUACUACUCGCCUCCUACUGCUACUACACCACCAGCAGUGCCACAAUCCACGUCCUCUCUUCUCAGCUCGCCAAGCAGUAUUGCGCAGUUUCGGGGUAUGAAGAAGGCUCCUCCAAACAGCCCCCAGUAUCACUCAUUCCCAAUGGGAACAGCCGCUGCCGCUGAUAUGCCCAAGUCACGUAAACAGAAGAGUUCAAGCAUUGAACUCGAACUCCCUCGCACAUCAAAACGCCGAAGUCCUGGUAUCCAGGAACAUGAUCCGAAUAUCUCUAAGCAAUCCAUUUCACCUAAUAACCAUUCUCGGUUGCAUGCGAAGCGCAAACGAGACGGACUAGAAGACAAAGGGCUAUUCUAUUGUUCCGUCGAGGGAAGUCUUGAUGGACAUGCUACAUCAUCCGAAUCCGCAAAUUCUCUUAUCUCAGACAACGGUAGUGGGGAUGACUAUGAGCCCGAUUCAUCCCACAAUCAGCGCUGGUCUGAGUCGCCCAGCCCUUUGCCUUCUCCUCCAAAGAGAGCUAAAACCAACCCAAAGCAGCAGGUCAACAAGAAAAAACAAGACAAAACCCCGCUUUCCAUCAAGACUAAAACUCAGGUCUCCACAGGACAAAAACGUCUACACACCAGGGGAAGGGAGAAGUCAAACGACAGUGACACAGGUUAUGUCGAUGUUGGCCCAAGCGAUGAAAGUGAUUACCGCAUUACAUCAGCCGAACGGAACGAUUUGCUGUAUGAGCUGACACGAGAAAGAGCCAGCCGCAUGGCUGAAGCGGUGGAAAUCCCCCCGGAUUCUGGACUGGGAUCCGUGCAAGUCAAACUGGUUCGCAAGCUAGCCACACGUGGCUGCAAGCCCGUCAUGUCGCGAUUCUGGGCCAGUGAUUUCACCACCUGGCCCGAAUCACUGUUCACCUCAACCAGUGAUGGAGACUCCGACUCCGCAAAUGGAGAUGUCGAUCUCAUGUUCAGGUCACAGAACAUGUCAGACAACUACGCCAUCAAGGCGCUUCAAGAACUGUUUGCGGUCAGCGGCCGCGUCCGAGACUGCUCGCUUCUUUCAGUGGAGCCCCAGUUUGUCGUGGGAAAAGCCAUUCGGCAGUACCUGCACUGGGCGAUUGACGAUGCAGGCCUGAAGACCACUGGACAGACCAUCCCGGUGCAUUGCAUCUGCCCCCAGAUACCUGGGGAGGAAAUCCUCGCGACAAUCAUGCGGUGCUCGCGAAAGCUGGAGAGACUGGCGAAGCGCCAUCAAAUGGCGCACGCGGGCCAGGAAGCUUUCUGGCCCACAAUGAUCGGCUUUGUGAUUGCAGGUCCAAUCGUGUGCCUCUUGUCUCUUGAUACGGAUCCUAAUUCCGAAGUGUGGUCUACCGUUGACGGCACCGAUGAAGAGAGUCCGGCCAAGUUUUUGACUCAGUUCGAUCUCUCCGAACGGGAGCAGGACGUUUGGAACUCUCUGGCAGUUGCGAUUUGCGUUGUUCAUCUCCGGGACACGCUUAUUGAGCUGGCCGUGAGUUACCCUUGGAGCGAUGCUGUCCCCGUAAUCCGUGGACUUGGGGAUGAGACCGAUGACGAAGAUCUUUGA